AUGGCACGCACGCAGUACACUGCCAUGCAUUUUUGGCUAACCGUUUCGCCAGUUCUAUAUAUAUAUAUAGUCACCAAUCUCAUUCAGCCACUGUUUGAAUCACAGCAUGCAUUCACAACCUGUUUUCAUUUUCUCAACCUUACUAUUAAAGAAACCAAACCACAUACGAUAGAUUUCUAUAGGUCCAAGCUUGUCAACAAUAACAACAACAGCAUGAACAACAUAGAGUCCUACCCUCCCGUUCUCCGCCACCUGGAGCAGCAGCGACAUCCACCACCACCACCACCACCACCACCUAACUCCGACCCGGAUGAAGAGUUUCAGGAGCCGGAUCCUGUGCCCAUCAUAGAUCUCGAGUGCUUGCACCAUGAGAAGUUGGAAGAAGCGUGCAAGAACUGGGGUUUGUUUCGUCUGGUCAACCAUGGUGUUCCGUUGACCCUUUUGAAAGAGCUUCAAGAGGCGGCGAAGGAACUUUUCUCUGUGUCGUUUGAGGCAAAAGAAAGUGCAUGCAGUGGCAGCCCUGUGACAUACUUUUGGGGCACCCCUGCCCUAACACCAUCGGGGACAGCCCUAACGAGAAGCCCCCAAAACAUGAACUGGGUUGAAGGGUUUGAUGUGCCGUUGAGUCAACUCUCCCACUUCAACCCUCAACUUCCCACACUCGAGUCCGUAAGAGUUCUGGUAAUGGAGUAUGAAAAGCAUUUGUCGAGAAUUGGCAGAAGAUUAUUGGAAGCUAUGGCGAAGAACCUUGAGUUGAAUAUUAAAAACUCAAAGGAAUACUUAGCAGUUGGAAUGAUGCGUGUGUAUCGGUACCCGAAUUGCCCUGACACAAAUGGUGGUUGGGGCAUGGAGGCUCAUACUGAUAGCUCAGUCAUGUCCAUAUUGAACCAAGGUGAUGAAGUUGGUGGCCUUCAGCUUCUCAAACAUCAUCAAUGGCUCAAUGUAAAACCCAUUCCCGACACUUUGAUUGUCAACCUCGGAGACAUGAUGCAGGCAAUUAGCAACGACAGAUACAAAAGUGUGACACACAGAGUGAGCAUGAACAAGCAUAAAGAGAGGAUUUCACUGUGCUAUUUCGCGUUCCCUGGUGAAGAAGUUGUGAUUGAAAGCUCAAAGUACAAGCCCUUUACUUACAAUGAGUUCAGAGCACAAGUGCAAGAAGAUAUCAAAGCCUUAGGCCACAAAGUUGGACUUUCAAGAUUUCACCACAACCAAAAUUCUCAAGUUUCAUUGCUUUGACUCAUCAGUUUCAGUUCCCUAUUCUGGUGUUCUUCCCUUUAUUCAUGCUUCAUGCUAUGUUCAAAAAUAUAGAUUUUGCUACCAACAUUCCAUCAUAAACUUUACAAUUAUUAAAAUGAGUUUGUUUA